AUGGAAAACUUCGAUACUAUCGUGAAUACUUUUACUGACGCAGAUGAGCUGAUGAAUUUUGCGGCAACCUGGGGAAUACAGGAUUCCCCGUGGGUGCGGUUCCGUUUGUUUCAAUUGAGGAACCCACAAUAUGGUAAUGACUUUGUCGAGGAAGAGCUGAAUAACAUACUUCAACAUUUUGGAGAGCCAACUGACCAGAACACAAACGAUAUGGAGUUGGCCCUGGAAUACGUAAGAGAGCAGGGAGAAGUUGAAGAGUGUAUUAAAGCGUUACUAUUUGAUGACGAGAUGGAAGAAACGGCGGCUGCUUGUAUUCAAGAUGGGGAGAGGCGCCCUACAUCACCAGGGUUACAGAUAGGUGGCGGAGAAGAGCCCCAGCCGGGUCCGUCUCAUAGACCCGACCCCCAGGGACUCCAGUAUACAAUCAGAAAAAAAUCAGAAAGAACGUAUGCGAAAAGUGCUGCAGUCGAUCGUACUUAUCAAGUCAAGAUCAAUGAACAGUAUAGAGGAGAAAGACUAGAAGAUUUGAGGCAAGGUCUCCAUCAAAUGUUUGACGAAGUGUUAGAGGAAGCCCGGGGCGAUUUGGCAGGGAACGAUUUAGGGCGUGUUGUUAUACAUCACCAAGGAUUGCAUGACCCCAUUGUCGUUCCCCUCCAGCCCUGGGACGAACUGAAUGCCGAUAAAGUGAUGGGGACUAUUGAGAAAGUGCUGAAUAGCAACAAAGACCUCCGUAUUGAUGAAAGUUUUGACAUUUCAGUAGGAUCCAUUGAUUUACCAAAAGGAGGGGCUAGACGAAGAAUAACUAAACUCAAAGGAAAAAGCAAUUCGUUAAAGUUAAAAACAUCUAUAGUCACCAUAGAAAAUGACGAGCAGAUGUGUAUGGCCAGAGCGAUUGGAGUCAGCUGGGCCAAAUUAAAAAGAUGUACUCCGGAAGAGUGGAAAGAAGUUGCAAAGAAUAGAAAGAAGAAAAGUAAUCUCCAACUUAUCUUAGAACACCAGAAAGUUUCGGAAAGUUACUACAAGGAUCUCACCAAAAAAAACUUGAAACAACAAAAACAAUUAGCAUAUGCAAUAAGCCAGUUAGCCAGAGUGCCCACAGACAGACCAGCGAGUUUAGAAGAUAUAACGGCGUUUGAAGAAGUCUUGGGAGUACACGUCAUAGUAAUUAGCGCCAUGUUGGGUAACAAAUUCCUUACAAGUCCCAGUUCCGACGAGCGUCCAUGCAUCUACAUAUACUUAGUGGACGACAAUCACUUCCAUGCCAUUACCAGUAUUACCGGUUUCUUUAGCGCCAUGUAUUUUUGCGAAAAAUGUCUUAAACAUUACAACAACAAAGAAAGACACCAGUGCGAAACACACUGUAUCAUCUGUAAAAGAGACCAAUGCCCUAAAACGGAAAAUGAAGUGACUUGUGGAGAGUUUUUAAGAUUAGAUCAACGCAAGAAAGAAGAACACCAGUGCGGAGAGUAUAUGUGUAGUUCAUGUAAUGAAUAUGUAUUGGAGGGACAUCUGUGUUAUUUAAGAGCCACCCCAGCAAAGGAAGAUCACAUACCAAAGUUUAUAUUUUUUGAUUUUGAAUGUAGUCAGGAUGAAACAUCAGUGUGUGAAAAUGGAUAUGUACCUAAUAGGAAAAUUGAUUGUAAAGACUGCCAAUCGCAACAGGUAUGUAAAUCUUGCUCCAAAUGUCAAAAUUGUAGAACGUCAUGGUGCGGUAAAACCACGCAUCGUCCCAACUUUGUAGUAGCCCAUACGGUGUGUCCAGAAUGCAUUGAUAAAGACUUAACGCCCGAGUCUAUAUGUAAAAAAUGCGGACCCCGUUGCGACGAAUGUGACAACUCAGAACUGCCUGCUAACGAAGAUGAAGGGCCAUGCCCCGGAACUUGUGGGUUUAGAGAAGUCACGUUUGAAGGAAUGGAUACCGCGGAAAAAUUUGGCGAAUGGUUGUUUUCUGAUCAACAUAAAUACUUUAAAGUUGUUGCCCACAAUAUGAAAGGCUACGACGGUUAUUUCCUUUUAGAAUACCUUAUAGACCAAUCCCUUAGACCCGACAAAAUCAUUUAUAGCGGAUCCAAAAUUAUGUAUAUGACGUUGGAGCAAGAUUUGCAUAUUAAAGUGAUUGACAGUCUCAAUUUUUUACCCAUGAAAUUAUCUGCGUUACCGAAAGCCUUUGGAUUAGAUGAAUUGAAAAAGGGGUGGUUCCCUCAUUAUUUUAAUACAAAAGAAAACCAAAAUUAUAUAGGAUCCUACCCUGAGGCUAAAUUUUACGGACAUGAUUUUAUGAGUGAGAAAGAGAGAUCUGAUUUGUUAGCAUGGUUGAGUGAGAAAAAGAAUGAUGUGUUUGAUUUUAGAAAAGAAAUGUUAGAAUAUUGUAGAAGUGAUGUUGAUAUUUUGAGACAAGCGUGUUUAAAAUUUAGAGAAUUAUUGAUGAAUGCUACGGGUGAAAGAGAGUUUGAAAUAAAUGAGAGAGGGCAGGAAGAAGAAAAGUUAGUACGGGCCAUAGAUCCAUUCGAUUCCGUGACUAUAGCUUCCGUCUGCAUGAACGUAUUUAGAACCAAAUUUUUAGAAGAAGAAUGGAAAGUAAAAUUAGAAGACGAAACUGAUUGGGUACCCGCAAAAUUAGUAGAUGGAAAGCUGUAUGUAUUACACGAAAAUGACUGGAUCCACGAAACCGAACUGACCGGAAAGGAAGUGAGAGAGAAAAAAUUUGUACGUACAAUGAUAGCAAAAAUUCCUCCUGGUGGUUACAAUGAUCAAUAUAGUACACGAUAUAAAUUAGAUGGGUAUUGUGAAGAAACAAACACAGCGUAUGAGUUCAACGGGUGCAUCUUCCAUGGAUGCCGAGAUUGUUUCAUUGAUAAUCGCGAAAAUACAUGUCAUCCACUCACGAAUCAAUCUUUAGACGAACUAUUAGCGUUGACAUUAAAAAAGAAAGCAUACAUAGAACAAUUAGGAAUGAAAUAUGUUUGUAUUUGGGACCAUGAAUUCAGAAAACAAAAGAAUCAAAAUUCUGAGAUGAAGCGUUUCAUUGAUAAUUUAGAUUUAACAGACAGAUUAGAUCCUAGGGAAAGUUUCUUUGGGGGACGCACCAAUGCCAGUAAACUCUACUACCAAGUUGAUGAAAGGGAGCAAGUCAAAUAUGUGGAUUUCACUAGUUUGUAUCCUUGGGUCAACAAGUAUUGCCAGUAUCCUGUAGGUCACCCCGUCAUAAUAACGAAAGAUUUUAAUGACUUAAAGGAGUACUUUGGUAUUGCCAAAGUAAAAAUAGUACCACCAAGAGGUCUAUACCAUCCCGUCCUUCCUUAUAGGUCAAAUGGCAAGCUGAAAUUCCCUUUAUGUAGGACCUGCGCAGAUACUGAAAACCAAAACCCCUGUGAUUGUCCGGAUGAUGAUAGAGCUUUAACUGGCACGUGGUGUACUCCGGAGAUUCAGACCGCUUUAAGAUUAGGUUAUACCAUUAUGAAAAUAUAUGAAGUAUACCACUGGGAGGAAACCACUCAAUAUGAUCCUAAAACCAGUGAAGGGGGACUGUUUGCCAAUUACAUAAACACAUUUUUAAAGUUUAAGCAAGAGGCAAGCGGCUCCCCUGACUGGAUACAAAAUGAACAAGACAUGAAGAAUUACAUAACUCAAUAUAUGGAGAAAGAGGGUGUUUCAUUGGAUCGGUCAAACAUUAGGAAGAAUCCGGGUUUGAGAGCUCUGGCUAAACUAUGUCUCAAUAGCUUUUGGGGUAAGUUUGGUCAACGUCUCAAUAUGCGUCAGACAGAGUUCUUUCACGAAACGCAGGCAAACUUGUUCUUCCAAUUGUUUUCCGAUCCUAUGAAACAACCACUUAAUUUUCAUAUCCUUUCCAAUGACAUGUUACAAGUAGAAUGGCAAUUCAAACAAGACUGUCAGCCUGAAGAUAAUAAAACAAACAUCUAUUUAGCUACUUUUACAACUUGUUGGGCCAGACUUAAACUUUACAGUGUGCUCGAAAAGCUUAAUAAAAGGGUACUGUAUUAUGAUACAGACAGUGUGAUAUAUGUAAGUCGCCCGGGACAGUAUGAUCCUCCAUUAGGUGAUUACUUGGGGGAACUUACAGAUGAGCUUGACGGUGGGGAGUACAUUGUAGAGUUUGUGUCUGGUGGCCCUAAAAAUUACGCUUAUAAAACCAGUAAAAACAAAGAGACGUGUAAGGUUAGGGGUUUUACUUUGAAUUAUAAAAAUAGUCAGUUGAUCAAUUUUGAAAGUGUAAAACACAUUGUUACCGAUCCGAAAGGUUGUCCGAGCAUUACAGUAACAAAUCCGCAUAAAAUUUGUAGAGAUAAGAGAAAAAGGAAAAUAGUCAAUCGUGAAGAAAACAAAAAAUAUCAAGAGGUGUACACAAAACGUAGAAAAAUAGCAGAUUUUGACACUGAACCAUAUGGAUAUUAA